AUGAAGCCCGCGAGUGCGAGUUUGAAGUUUGCGCUUUUGGCAGUUUUUUGUGCUUUGAUUGUGUCUGCAAAUGCACGUGACAGCGCGGGGGCCAAACGUACAACAGGGAAUCUUCUGAGCCCGGCUGCUGAAAGAAGAUCGUCGUCAAAACAGGAACACUACAGGACCACGGUUCCCCUUCAGCUGGUGGGGGAUGAAUGGAGGCCAGUGCAUGAACUCAAAUACAAGAUCCACCCUUCGUCUCUGAAGCUGCGGAUUGAAGUGGAGGGGGAACAGCUGCUCUUGGCCCUGGACAAAAACCAUGGUCUGUUUGCCAGUUCGUACACAGAGACACACUACCUGGAGGACGGCAGCGCAGUCACCGGCUCCCACAACUUCACUGUGAACUGUUACUACCAUGGAGAGGUGGAGGGACGCCAGGAUUCGGACGUGACCCUCAGCACAUGUGAUGGGGUCAGAGGCUUCCUGUCUCUCGCCGGCCGCUCCUUUGUCCUGGAGCCUUCCUCAGACCACAGAGACGGAACUCACCUGGUGUAUCCCGCCCAGCACCUGCACCUGUCUCUGGGCACCUGCCUUCACGAGGGCCUGAACCUGACCUCUCCCAUCUCCACAAACUCCAGCCACACGAACCGAGAGAUGAACCAGGGAGACGUCUUCAGAGCCUUCAGUACACGGAACAAACGCCAUGCCCAGACCACCACCAAGUACGUGGAGCUCAUCAUCGUCGCCGACAACAGAGAGUUUCAGAAACAAGGCAAAGACGUGGAGAGGGUCAAACAGAGGCUGGCUGAGAUCGCCAACUACGUCGACAAGUUCUACCGGGCUCUGAACAUCCGCGUGGCUCUUGUCGGGCUGGAGGUUUGGAGCGACGUGGAUAAAUGCCCCAUCACCCAGGACCCGUUCACCACCCUGCACGAGUUUUUAGAUUGGAGAAAAGUCAAACUCCUGCCUCUGAAACCGCACGACAACGCACAGCUCAUCAGUGGGGUGUACUUCCAGGGCACCACCAUUGGCAUGGCUCCGAUCAUGAGCAUGUGCACAGCCGAGCAGUCCGGGGGCAUCGUCAUGGACCACUCUGAUAACCCCCUGGGAGCCGCAGUGACUUUGGCUCAUGAGCUCGGACACAACUUUGGGAUGAACCACGACACCCCGGAGCGAGGCUGUGGCUGCAGGGUGACCGCGGACAGAGGCGGGUGCAUCAUGACGCCCUCUACUGGGUACCCGUUCCCCACGGUGUUCAGCAGCUGCAGUAAGAAGGACCUGUCCGCCAGCCUGGAGAAGGGCGUGGGCAUGUGCCUCUUUAACAUGCCCGAAAUCAAAGUCCUCUACGGGGGUCAGAAAUGUGGCAACGGCUACGUGGAGGAGGGCGAGGAGUGCGACUGUGGAGAGCCAGAGGAGUGUAUGAACCCGUGCUGUAAUGCCACCACGUGUACUCUUAAAGGGGAUGCCGUCUGUGCCCAUGGACAGUGCUGCCACGACUGCCAGCUGAAGCCCGCCGGGACCCCCUGCCGUGAGUCCAGUAACUCCUGCGACCUGCCCGAGUUCUGCACCGGGACGAGCCCCCACUGCCCCCCCAACGUUUACCUCCACGACGGACACGCCUGCCUCCUGGUGGACGGGUACUGCUACAACGGCAUCUGCCAAACCCACGAACAGCAGUGCAUCACGCUCUGGGGACAAGGGGCCAAACCUGCUCCAGGCAUCUGCUUUGAGAGAGUGAACUCUGCUGGAGACCCCUACGGCAACUGUGGCAAAGACAACAAGGGACUGUUCGCCAAAUGUGAGCCACGUGAUGCCAAAUGUGGUAAGAUCCAGUGUCAGGGCGGAGCGAACCGGCCCGUCAUCGGGACAAACGCCGUUUCCAUAGAGACGAACAUCCCGCAGCAGGAGGGAGGGCGGAUCCUGUGCAGAGGGACUCACGUUUAUCUGGGAGACGACAUGCCCGACCCCGGACUGGUGCUCACCGGGACCAAGUGCGGCAACGGCAUGAUGUGUCUGAAUCGUCAGUGCCAAAACGUGAGCGUGUUUGGAGUUCAUCAGUGUGCCUCCAAGUGCAGCGGGCGAGGGGUUUGCAACAACAACAAGAACUGUCACUGUGAAGCGCACUGGGCUCCUCCUUUCUGUGAUAAGGGCGGGUUUGGAGGAAGUGUGGACAGUGGACCCAUCAGAUUAGCAGGCCACGUCAGUGUGAUGGCCGGGGGGGUGGUGGUGGCCCUCCUCUCCGUCCUGGGGGCUGUGCUGGUUUUCUGCCUGAAGAGGAAGUCUCUGCUGGGGCUGAUGUUCACCAACAACAAGGGUCCUCUGGAGAAGCUCAGGUCCGUGAGCGCUGGUCUGAGUGGAUCAUCUUCUCCAAACCCUCCUCCUCCUCCUGUGACGUCUGUGUCCCCCUCACGACCUGCUCCACCUCAGCCACUAACGGCCGCCAUCUUUAAGCCUGAAUCGUUGGCCUCUCCUGGUCCGUACCCGUCCCACAGUCUUCGGAGACUCCCCCAGUGCCCCCCCGUGCACCUGGGCCGUGCUCCUGUCCCCCUGUCACUGACCCUGUCCCUGUCUCCUGCACCUGUCCAGCCCAGACCGCCCGUCCCGCCUCCGCACAGAGCCCCGCCCCCUCACCUCCUCGGGCCUCACAGGGGCGGGGUCAGGGCCGCGCCUCGACACGGCUCCUGCAGGAUGGUCAUGGAGUUGGAGAAGCCCAGCCCCCCCCAGAAGCCCCUCCCUGCGGACCCCAGAGGAGCUCGCAUGGUCCGGACCCCCACGGUGAAGCAGGGCCCCCCAGCCUCCGUCUCUGUCCCAGGACACAUCGCAGCGUUUGGGGUUAAAACUGACGCACCCAGGCCUCUACGACCCACUCCCCAUUCAAACAGGUCGAGCCCGAAACACCCUCCCAUUUUACCAAAGCCUUGUCUGAUCAACAUCAAAUACAGCUGA